GUUUUGUCCUUUUUCCCUUAGACGAUACUUAAACCCUUGUAAUCUUAUCCCUAAUUGUGUAUUAUCAUUGAAAAUCUCGUAAAAUCAUUUUGUUCUUUCUCUUUGAUCGAAGCAAUAAACUUCAAUUUUAGAUCAGAAUUGAGAUGGAUUCCGGUGAUUGGCGCACUCCCCAAUCUCGUCAAAGGAUUGUCAACAACAUAAUGGAGACCUUAUACGGGCGUCUUCCUAUAUCUGGGGAAGAAGAAGUAGAGGAGUGUAAGAAAAUAGCAGUGAGGUUCGAGGAAGAGAUCUAUACUGCUGCGACAAAUCAGCAAGAUUAUCUGCGGAAACUAUCUUUAAAGAUGCUGCCCAUGGAUACAACUCAAAAUCCUAUUACCAAUUCUUUACAUCCCAAUGCUUCCAGUAGUGGUCCGAAUGCCCAUGGCCAAGAUAGCAUUGACCUCAGGGAUUUCUCGGCUAUAAAUAAGGCAUCUUUAGACUCUACAGCUCAGAUGGGAAAUGCAAAUGCAGCUGAUUGGCAGGAAGAAGUUUACCAAAAGAUCAAGUCUAUGAGGGAGAUGUAUUUAUCAGAGCUCAAUGAUCUAUACGAGAAAAUUGCUUCUAAAAUUCAGCAGCGUCCUCAACAUGAGCACAUUGAAAAGCUCAAGACGUUCAAGAUGACUCUGGAACGCAUUGUGCUUUUUUUGCGGCUUAACAAGCAUGAUAUUUAUCCUAUUCACAAGGAGAAACUGCUUUCUGUUGAGAAGCACAUAAGUUUUUUUCUUAGUUCCAAUAGGCCACACAGGCCUGCAUCUUCUCCACUGCAGGUGCAGGGGCAACUACCUCAGCCUUCCAUGCAUACAAGUCAGGCACAAAAUACAUAUGCAGGUCAGACGUCUAUGAUGGGUUCCGGUCAGCAAGAUAUUGCUUCUGAGUUUGAUAGACUUCUGAGUUUGGUAGAUUAGAUGGUAGUUCUGAUGGAUUAAGUUAUGCACGGAUGAUUUUGGUAGUUUUGGUGUUGCUACUUUUGGUAUUGAUACGUUGGGUUCUAGUUUUGAUGGAUCGAGUUCUGGUACUAAACUCGAUGAACAUUUAGCGUGUGCAUGGGCGGAUUUACAUGGAGGGAUAUGGGUUCACAUGAACCCAUGCACCCCUCCCUAGAUUAUGUAAAGUGCUGCAAUUAUUCUGAUAAAUUAUUUAAAUUUUAUGUGGGAACC